GCUAGCUUGACUUUUCCGGGUCGACAAUCAACAAAAAGUGGCUAAAAAUCAGCUACAGCAAACAAAAAUAUUGCCUGAAAACUCGACCAUCACCGAGGUGAAUAAAAAAAGGUGUUAUGUUUCCCCCCAGGUGGAGGUUCAGCUGGGACAGGUGCACUGAGGUGGACCUCUUCACAGACCGCCAUACUCUCUCCCAGGCCAUCAGUGCUGCAGCAGCUGAGGAGCCGGAUGCAGACGGCAGCGUGCUGUUUGGCCAGCUGAAGGGCACUGUGGUCGGCCUCAAAUAUUACACAGGGGUGGUGAACAAAGGGGAGAUGGUGGGUUUAGUUCGAGAGCCACAGAAUCCGUAUGACAGCAAUGCGGUGAAGGUGACCAACAUUUACGGCAGCCAGGUGGGGCACAUCAAGCGGCAGCUGGCAGCAGCUAUGGCUUACGUCAUGGACAAAACGUUGGCCAAGGUGGAGGGGGUGGUGUACUCAGGGACGAACAACGCAUUCUCCAUGCCGGUGAUACUGUCCUUCUGGGGGAAAGAAGAGAACAAAAAUGCAGUGACUGAAGCUAUGGUACGUCGUGGAUUCAAACUCGACACAGGUGGAAUCAAACUAGGAGGUGGAAAUCAGACAUUUUCCAACAGUCCAGGUGCUUGGACAAUGGCAUCUAAAAAAGGUUUGACCACCCGACUGACUGCAGACGAGCUGAAGAACGCAUUUGACAAUCUGUUUGACGGCUUGAUGGAAAGUAAAGAUGGAGAGAAGGAAGCAGCUGAGUCUGUGAGUACUCCCCUGCUGCUCCACCAGAAGCAGGCACUGUCUUGGAUGUGCGCCCGAGAAAACAAAUGUGCACUUCCACCCUUCUGGGAGAAGAGAGGAGAGCUGUACUACAACAGCCUCACCUGUUUCUCUGCCAAAGAAAUACCAGAGAGGGUUCGGGGGGGGAUACUGGCAGAUGACAUGGGACUUGGGAAAACUCUGACAACCAUCGCUCUGAUCCUCACCAACUUCCACAAAGGAAAGCCCCUGCCCGUGGAGACAUGUGAGUCUUCACCUAGAAAAGCCAGUACUAAAUCACAGAUGGCCUCCAAACCGGAAGGAAGCAGCAGUGCAGGCGAUGGAGCAGGAGGGAGCGAUACAGCUGCUGGCUCUCUAUGCGCAGACUCUGCCAAGAUGGAGGUGAUCUGUGUUGAUAUGCCCGAUAUAGUGGAGAAAGCAGACAAGUCAGAGAAAAGUGCAGGCAAAGGAAAGAUGAAAGCCACCAAGCGAAAGCCAAAGGCCCCGGUAUUACUGGAGGAUCUGGACUUUGCUGCCGCACUGUGUGGCUCAUCAUCAGAUACAGGCUUUAAGAAGAAGAAAACUACCAUGAAGGCUAGUCCCUCACAGAGUGUUGAACCCUCCAUCAUUGAAAGUGCAGAAGAUUUAUCAGCCAGGGCGACUCUCAUCAUCUGCCCGCUGUCUGUGCUCAGCAACUGGCUGGACCAGUUUGAGCAGCAUGUGCGAGCUGACGUGAAGCUAAAUGUGUAUCUAUAUUACGGCUCAGAGCGCAACAGAAGCAAGAAGUUCCUGUCCUCGCAGGAUGUGGUGAUCACCACGUACAACGUCCUCUCUGCUGACUUUGGGAAUAAGAGUCCCCUCCAUGGUAUCAGUUGGCUUAGAGUCGUGCUGGAUGAAGGACAUGUCGUACGAAACCCUAAUGCUCAGAUGAGCAAGGCCGUGCUUGACCUCAAAGCUCAGCGGCGCUGGAUUCUGUCUGGAACGCCUAUCCAGAACAGUGUGAAGGAUCUGUGGAUGCUGGUGGCCUUCCUGCGUCUGAAGCCAUUCGAUGCGAGGGAGUGGUGGAACAGAGUGAUCCAGAGACCCGCUACACAAGGAGAACGGGAGGGCCUGCAGAACCUUCAGACCCUUGUGAAGUGCAUCACCCUGCGGCGGACCAAGAGCAGUGAGGUGAAUGGGCGCCCUCUGGUGUGUCUGCCUGAGAAGACUGUAUGUGUGGAGCAGGUGGAGCUGAGCCAGUCAGAGAGGGAGGAAUAUGAGCUGGCACGCAAUGAAGGAAGAAACACCAUCAGCAGAUAUAUGGCUGAAGGGACGGUUUUGAGGAAUUACGCUGAUGUCCUGGCCGUCCUGAUGAGGCUUCGACAGCACUGCUGCCAUCCUGAUCUGCUGGCAAAGAUAUCCACAGAUUUAGGUGUUGCAGCCACGCCUGCAGAGCUUCGGGAGCAUCUGAUAGAGAAGCUUCGGCUGGUGUUGGCCAGUGGCUCUGAUGAGGAGUGCUCUGUGUGUCUGGACUCCAUCCGUCUGCCCGUCAUUACGCACUGCGCCCACGUCUUCUGCCGGCCCUGCAUCGCACAAGUCAUCAGCACUGACGAGGAGACGGCCCGCUGCCCUCUCUGUCGCAAUGAGAUAAAGACCAAUGAACUGGUGGAGUUUCCGCAGGAGGAAAUUGAAGAAGAGAACAGUGCAAACUCUGUGAAAUGGAGGACCAGCUCAAAGGUACAGGCGUUGAUGGGAAACCUGCUCAGGCUGCGAUGUGAAGACAGCAGCAUUAAAUGUUUGAUCGUCUCUCAGUUUACACGUUUCCUCAACAUACUGGAGACUCCGCUCAGAGAGCACGGUUUCAGUUUUGUGCGUUUGGACGGCACCAUGAGCCAAAAGAAGCGCGCCCAGGUCAUCCAGGAGUUUCAGAGCUCAGAGGCCGACAGCCCUACCAUCAUGCUCCUGUCACUCAAAGCUGGAGGGGUGGGGCUUAACUUGACUGCCGCCUCUCAUGUUUUCCUCAUGGAUCCUGCAUGGAACCCAGCUACUGAGGAGCAGUGUAUUGACCGCUGCCAUCGUCUGGGUCAGAAGAGAAACGUUUUUGUCACCAAGUUUAUAGUGAAGGACUCAGUGGAGGAGAACAUGGUGAAGAUCCAGAGGAAGAAGCAGGAUCUGGUGGAGAAGGCUUUCGGUUCCGCAAACACGGACAGGAAAACAUCUCGGAUUGAUGACAUCAAAGCUCUGAUGGAGUUGUAGAUGUCUGACAAUGGACCAAUCUCAUGUUUGGCACAGUUGUGUUUAAACUGUACACAACAGUUUUGACUGUUCUUUUUUUGGGAUCAAACUGUUCAUAUCUGGAGAGUUUCAGUAAACUUUUGCACACACUGUUGUUGGUUUGCUCAUAUUUCAUAUAGUUUCUUUUGUACUUGAUGAUUAAUGUUCAAACUUCUGUUUUAUUUCUAUUCCUAUUUCUAUUUUUUACUUAAAGAAGGGAUAUAAAAUUCUGUAUAGAGCUUUGUUGUUCAGUUUGUGAUGCUUAUUUACAAUUAGUUCAUUAAAACAUCAGAUGGUUUCUAUGCAUGGAGGUGAGCUGAUAAGAACUCAAACAUUGAACAUCUCGGGAUAAAGACUAAAGAGAAAAACACAUCUGGUGCAGCAACUUCAUUAUUGAAAAAUAUUCAAUUUUAAUAGUUUAGAUCCAGAUGUUGUUGUUUUUUUAGAUUUUUACCCCAUUAAUGGAUUAAAGAA